AUGUCCUUGUACAACAAGAAAAAGAAGUUCUCUCGGCCGGAGCUGACCGAUGAGCAGAAACAGGAGAUAAAGGAAGCAUUCGAGCUGUUCGACACCGACAAGGAUGGGGCGGUCGAUUAUCAUGAGCUCAAGGUCGCGAUGCGCGCAUUGGGAUUUGAUAUGAAGAAGGCGGAGGUGCUGAAAAUAUUGAGGGAUAACGAUUCGGAUGCGAGUGGGGCGAUGCGAUAUGAGGAUUUUGUGCGAGUCAUGACGGAGCGCAUUUUGGCGCGCGAUCCUCUAGAUGAAAUUCGACGAGCAUUCAAGCUUUUUGACGAUGACGGAACAGGCAAGAUCAGUUUGAGGAAUUUACGGCGAGUAGCUAAAGAGCUUGGCGAGAACUUGGAUGAUGACGAACUCCAAGCGAUGAUUGAAGAGUUCGAUCUUGAUCAGGAUGGGGAGAUUAAUGAGCAAGAGUUCCUUGCUAUCAUGACUGACGACUCAUGA